AUGAGUCUGGUGCUAAUUUGCCGAUUCCGAAAAGAUGAAAAUUUCGGUCGGCACUUGCGCAGUUUCGAAGCAUCGACCGACCCUGCAGUCGUGCGGAACCCUUUAACUUCGUAUGUCCAGAGGAAUGAUAGAGCAAAAAUUCGAUUAACACUAAAAAGCAUAGGAGUAUGUCGCAGAGGAAUAACGGUGGAGAGAUACGAAACGCACAAAUCUUCGAAUAGGACUAGAUUUUCUAGUCGUAUGCGAGCGUACGCUAGAACAGUCUUUCACUCUUUUCAAACUCAAGCUGCUGAAGAAGUUGUCUCACAGAUGGAAUGGAGGGAGAAGAAGGUGCGAUCCGCACAAGCGUUCUCUUCCUGCCGAACCUUCACAGAUUGUCAACCAUUUGACACAGAUUGUGAGGUAAAUCGUGAGCGCUGA